AUGAAAUUUUCUCCAAGUCCACUGAAAAAGACAUGCAAGAGGACAAAGUUUGAAAAAAAAGGAACAUUAGGUAUAGUAAAUCACUCAAGGUCUUGAUUUGUGUAAUUAAAUGAGAUCUAUAACAAACCGGGUGUAAAGACAUCCCAGUGUCAGUCGAUAGUGGUGGGGAGAGAACCCUCUUUUCAAUUUGUUUUACGUUAUUAAAUAGAUAUGAGGUAGUGUCCAUUAGGACAGCUGCACUACAAUGCACAGUUGAAAAUUUCAUCUAAAUGCAUUUGAAGUAAAAGAUACUUAACAGCCGUUCCAUGCUUUAUUAUCAACCUCUUACUGAAGACUAAGGACUUUUUUUUCCUUUUAACAGAAUCUCUUAGCAAAGUUGUUGACUUAUCAUUCACAUUUAAGGAAGGGUCUGCAAUGAAACAGGCUGAUGUUUUUAACAUCAUAAAAGACAAAUCUGGUCGUGUUUACUCCAGGAGAGAAAUUGAUCAUGUUAUCAAGUUACUGUUCCCUGGUGUGGUGAAGAAACCAAUGAAAAUUGCUAAAAAUGAACCGAACAAAGAUGGAGGACAAAAAGAUCAAAGACAGAAGCGGUAUCCUUUCGCUAGCAUUACAGCUCCAAGACCUUUUACUACUGUCACAGCACAUUGUGCUCCUUCAAGGAAAUAUAUUAACAAGUAAAUUAAGGCUAAAAUUAGGCCAAUUUUCAAUAUAGACAAUAUAGUAUUAUUGUGUAUACCCUUGUGACUCAACAGUAGUGAACCAAUAGCUGUGGCAAAGAUAAACAUUUUUAUUUAUAAUAAUAAUAAUAAUGCGCAUUACAUGAAAGUAAAUUAUCGACAUUAAUAAGUUAACCAAAAUAACUAAAAAUAUUAUAUUAAAAAAAAACAACAAUGGAUCUAUAAAAAUAUAAUAUAUACAUAAUCCUAAAAAAUCCUAAUAAAAAGCUAAUCUACAAAAAUGGGUCUUAAGUAAACCUUUCAACCUAUGAAAAUUGGGCUCAUUUCGUAUUUGUGAUGGUAACCCAUUCCGCAGUUUAGGCGCAGCAGCUAAAAAAGCAUGGUCACCCAAUGUCUUUUUAGUUAAAGUUUUUGGCGUUUGAAGCAUGAUUCCCAUUGCACACGAUCUUAAAUUGCAACUCUUUUCCUCCCUUUUGUUAAUGACUUCUUGUAGAUAUACCGGAGCUUGUCCAUGGGUCGCUUUAAAAGUAAUUAUAAUAAUCUUAAAAUGAAUCCUAAAUUCUACUGGAAGCCAAUGAAGCGUACACAGAAUUGGUGAGAUGUGAUAAAACCUAGGAAUCUUAAAAAUUAGUCUUGCUGCGGAAUUCUGGAGCCAUUGUAACUUUGCUAUUUGUUUAGCUGGUAACCCAUACAGAAUACUAUUACAAUAGUCAAUGUGCCCAAUUAUUAGGGCAUGAACAAGUGUCUGGGUUGCUUGAUUACUUAAAUACUUUCUUAUUCGUCUUACAUUUGUAAUGUAGUAAUAGGCUGCUUUACACAUGUUAUUGAUAUUAACUUGAAGACUCAUGUUUCUCUCAUCUCGCCGCUUUCCAGUCACAAGAAGUUUUACAAUUUCUGUUAUCAUUGGACAUUGCCUUUCAACAUCUGUUGCCAAAUCAUCAAAGUACAUUUCUCCAAUCAUUAGCUCCAGGUCAUCCUCAUCUUUUAAAUUACAUAUUCCAAUGUUUUGAAGCUGCUGUAAAGUAGUUAGCUCUUUUUGGAGUUUGAGUCUUUGUUCUUCCUUUACGCUACCCUUUACAGAAGCCAGAUCAUUUAAGGCACCACAUAUGACACGAGAUCUCUCUGCUUCAUUGCUAUUGUCUUUCAAAGCCUUUUCCAGCAACUCUAUUUUCUUCUCCGAAGAUAUAAGUUUCUUUUUUAGGACUUCAUUUUCGGAUGUAAGUAUCCCAAAACACUCUAUAUUUUUAUUUCAAAUCAAUUUAUUUCAAUAAAAUUGUUUUCCUUGACGAAUUAAUUUUUAUUAGGAUAUUUUAUGUCCAUAUGGAACAAAAGAAAGAAGAUACAUUGGAUACCCUGUUGAACAAAUUAUGUGACCAACUUGACAAGAGCAUUUGUUCUGAUGGAAAAAGCAACGUGGUUUCAAAUGUGAAAAAUUGCAUUGCAGAGUGUUUUGGGAUACUUACAUCCGAAAAUGAAGUCCUAAAAAAGAAACUUAUAUCUGCGGAGAAGAAAAUAGAGUUGCUGGAAAAGGCUUUGAAGGACAAUAGCAAUGAAGCAGAGAGAUCUCGUGUCAUAUGUGGUGCCUUAAAUGAUCUGGAUUCUGUAAGGGGUAGAGUCAGCUUAAAGGAAGAACAAAGACUCCAACUCCAAAAAGAGCUAACUACUUUACAGCAGCUUCAAAAAAUUGGAAUAUGUAAUUUAAAAGAUGAGGAUGACCUGGAGCUAAUGAUUGGAGAAAUGUACUUUGAUAAUUUGGCAACAGAUGUUGAAAGGCAAUGUCCAAUGAUAACAGAAAUUGUAAAACUUCUUGUUACUGGUAAGCGAGAUGAGAGAAACACUGGAAAAAAGGCACCAGAGUUUAAAUUCAAGUCAGCAGUGCAGGUGCUUCUUGCUCUUGAUGACAUAAGAUCACAGAAAACAAAAAGUGACUUUUCUACUUUGUUUGGCUUACUCUUGAUGUCCCAUGGUGCUGGAAAAACGAUGCUGGAUGCACUUGAACCAUUUGGAUUGUGCAAGUCCUACAACUUCUUGUAA